AUGGCCCCUUUCGCUCCCUCCAAGCCCCAGGGCACCAACGGCGCCUCCGCCUCCACCCGUAACACCGUCAAGGCCAAACCCCAGAACCAGGAGGCUCUCAACGAGAAUCCCAAUUUUUCGAACGCUGCCUUCGGCACCUGCACUAUCUUAGACGUUGACUCAACACACUUCUUAACGGCCGACCCCAAGGAAAAAAAGGUCUUCUACUCGACCUCACACCUUCUCUCGUCGACGACUUAG